UCUGAGGGAGAAAAAUAGCAAGUGAGCGGUUAGGAGGAUCGGGCAAAUAGAUAAAGAAAUUUUUACUCGUAUAUAUGUGUAUGUGCUAAACUUUAUUAGCUGCUUGUUUAUUUUUAAUUACCGGGAUAUCGGUAUAUCAAUAAUAAUAAUAAAAUCAACAUGAUCCGCUUCAUCCUGAUCCAGAACCGUGCAGGUAAAACCAGACUGGCUAAAUGGUACAUGCAGUUUGAUGAUGAUGAAAAACAGAAGCUGAUUGAGGAGGUGCACGCUGUAGUGACAGUCCGUGAUGCUAAACACACUAACUUCGUAGAGUUCAGAAACUUUAAGAUUAUCUACAGGCGGUAUGCUGGUUUGUACUUCUGUAUUUGUGUGGAUGUCACUGACAACAAUUUGGCCUACCUGGAGGGCAUUCAUAACUUUGUGGAGGUUUUGAAUGAGUAUUUCCACAAUGUGUGUGAAUUAGAUCUGGUCUUUAAUUUUUACAAGGUGUACACGGUGGUGGAUGAGAUGUUCCUGGCAGGAGAGAUUCGGGAGACGAGUCAGACGAAGGUGCUAAAGCAGCUGCUCAUGCUACAGUCACUAGAAUAGAGACCUCACUGAAUUCCAGUCAUUCCUCUAAUACAUGCAGGUCAUUCCCAAACCUGCUCAAAGCCAGUUGAUAUUGUUUGUGUAUAGAUGUCAGUGGAAUAAAUAACCCAUUAUUUCAGCCUUCCUGUAAUACUACACUGUGUAAGAUUAGUUUUUUUUUUUUUAUGUUUAAAAUGUUUAAACAAUAUCUGAAAGGAUGGUUGUACAAAGGUCUGAGUGCUAAGUUUUAAGUUUUGGUACACGUAUAUGCACACACUGCCCUUAAGAAGUGAAUAUGUGUAACUUCAUCAUGCCUGCUUUCCAAAAGCUGUACAAUAUUCAGAACAUUUUUCACAAAUGCAAUACUUUAUGGAUAGAUUAAAUUACUUUACUGUCCCCAGAGGGAAAUUCAUGAAAGUAAAUGAACAGGAUAUUACUCACCACAAAUGUAGUCACUCAGCAAUGACUUGUUUGGUGUCUGGACUCUUCAGGUGAACUAGACAUCUAUUACUUGUUAGCAACCGCAUUGCGAAAGCGAAGAAGCAAGCAAACAACAAAUGUGUGCUAAGAGAUGGUCGGUGUACAUUUGAUUUUUUUGUUGGUGUUGCUAAACUAUUCAUUUAAACUCGAAUUUAUCAUUACUGUCAAUAAAUUAAAUUGAAUGCAAA